GUCCUCUCAUCCUCAGUGUUUCCAGACAAGGGUUUGUGUUGACACGAGAAGGAAAUAGAAGAAGAAGAAUUGUGUGUUCAGUUAAAGAUGAAUUUACCGGCUGUCAUCAGGACCAAUCGGUAACCAGAUACAGCUUUCCGACAGACAACCUUCCAGUGAAGAUGAGACCAUGGUCCCAGUACUAACAUCCAGAAAAGCCAGCAAUCUCCCCGUCAACGAAGUAGCUUGUGUCCUGCAGGCUGACCUGCAGCUGGGUCUGACCCAGGAGGAAGUGAUCCGCAGGAGGAAUUAUCACGGCUGGAACGAGUUCGACAUCAAUGAAGAGGAACCGCUAUGGAAGAAAUACAUCUCACAGUUUAAGGACCCUCUGAUUCUGCUGCUCUUGGCCUCUGCUGUCAUCAGCGUUCUUAUGCACCAGUUUGAUGACGCCAUCAGCAUCACAGUGGCCAUUAUUAUCGUGGUAACCGUUGCCUUUGUCCAGGAGUACCGUUCAGAAAAGUCUCUAGAGGAACUGGGGAAGCUGGUUCCUCCAGAAUGUCACUGCAUCCGGGAGGGGAACCUGGAACACCUUCUGGCCCGGGAGCUGGUGCCCGGGGACACAGUAUGUCUGUCGGUAGGAGAGCGAGUCCCUGCAGACCUCCGACUGUUCGAGGCCACAGACCUGAGUGUGGACGAGUCCAGUCUGACAGGGGAGACCACUCCCUGCUCCAAAUCCACAUCCCAUCAGCCUUCAGCCACCAAUGGAGACAUCGCCUCCCGCAGCAACAUUGCCUUCAUGGGGACAUUGGUACGAUGCGGAAGAGCCAAGGGCAUCGUCAUUGGUACUGGAGAAAACUCAGAGUUUGGGGAGGUUUUCAAGAUGAUGCAGGCGGAGGAGGCUCCUAAGACUCCAUUACAGAAGAGUAUGGACCUUCUGGGGAAACAGCUGUCACUUUACUCCUUCGGCAUCAUCGGUGUCAUCAUGUUGGUGGGGUGGCUGCAGGGGAAGAGGAUUCUCGACAUGUUUACCAUCGGAGUCAGUCUGGCGGUGGCUGCUAUCCCAGAGGGGUUGCCCAUUGUGGUGACGGUAACUCUGGCUCUUGGAGUGAUGAGGAUGGUGAAGAAGAGAGCGAUCGUCAAGAAGCUCCCCAUCGUAGAAACUCUGGGCUGCUGUAAUGUGAUCUGUUCGGAUAAAACUGGAACUCUGACGAAGAAUGAGAUGACUGUCACUCAGUUGUUCACAUCAGAUGGACUCCAUGCUGAGGUAACGGGCGUCGGCUACAAUGGAGCAGGAGAAGUUUUACUGGAUGGAGAGACCAUCCAUGGCUUCUCUUGUCCGUCAGUCAGUAGGAUUGUAGAGGUGGGAUGUGUGUGUAACGACUCCAUCAUCAGGAGUCACACUCUGCUGGGUCGACCGACAGAAGGCGCUCUCAUCGCCCUCGCUAUGAAGAUGGGUUUAGAGAGCAUCCAGCAGGAAUACGUGCGAGUGGAGGAGCAUCCGUUCACCUCAGAACAGAAGUGGAUGUCGGUUCGCUGUGUUCACCGCACUCAGCAGGAUAAGGCUGGAGUUUAUUUUAUGAAGGGAGCGUACGAGCAAGUGAUCAGAUUCUGCAGCUCGUACAACAGCAGAGGAACAACACUUUCACUGAACCACCAGCAGAGGGAGCUGUACCAGCAGCAGAUCAGCUAUAUGGGCUCUGCAGGACUCAGAGUCCUGGCUUUUGCAUCUGGAUCCGAAAUGGGGAACUUGACUUUCCUGGGUCUGGUGGGGAUGAUCGACCCUCCGAGGUCAGGGGUCAAAGAGGCAGUGGGGACGCUCAUCAGCUCCGGAGUCGCCAUCAAGAUGAUCACUGGAGACUCUCAGGAGACGGCUGUGUCUAUAGCCAGUCGACUGGGUCUGUUCUCUAAAGGAUGUCAGUGUUUGUCUGGAGACGAAGUGGAUCAACUGGACCUACAACAACUAUCACACAUCGUCCCCAGAAUCGCUGUGUUUUAUCGAGCCAGUCCUCGACACAAAUUGAAGAUUGUCAAGUCUCUCCAGAACAUCGGGGCAGUGGUGGCGAUGACCGGUGAUGGAGUGAAUGACGCCGUGGCUCUAAAAGCAGCUGACAUUGGCGUGGCCAUGGGUCAGACAGGGACGGACGUCUGUAAGGAGGCAGCAGAUAUGAUCCUGGUGGACGACGACUUCCAGACCAUCAUGUCAGCCAUCGAGGAGGGAAAAGGGAUUUACAACAACAUCAAGAACUUUGUUCGCUUCCAGCUCAGCACGAGCAUCGCAGCUCUGACUCUCAUCUCGUUAGCAACGUUGAUGAACUUCCCCAACCCACUGAACGCCAUGCAGAUCCUCUGGAUCAACAUCAUCAUGGAUGGACCUCCUGCACAAAGUUUGGGGGUGGAGCCUGUGGACAGAGACGUGAUCAGAAAACCUCCUCGUAACGUCAGAGACAGUAUCAUCACUCGCAGUCUGAUCAUUAAAGUCCUGGUGUCGGCGCUCAUCAUCGUCUGUGGGACGCUGUUUGUCUUCUGGAGAGAGUUGCAGGACAACGUGAUAACUCCUCGAGACACCACCAUGACCUUCACUUGUUUUGUAUUUUUUGAUAUGUUCAAUGCUCUGAGUUCCCGUUCACAGACCCGUCUGGUCCAUGAGAUGGGGCUGUGCAGUAACAGGACCUUCUGCUAUGCUGUUCUGGCCUCCAUCAUGGGGCAGCUCCUCGUCAUCUACUUCCCUCCUCUGCAGAGCAUCUUUCAAACUGAAAGCCUCAGCAUCUUCGACCUGCUGUUCCUGGUGAGCCUCACGUCGUCGGUGUGUGUGGUGUCAGAGGCCAUAAAGAAGGUGGAGCGGUGGAGAGGAACCGAGAAGAAGCCCAACUCUGACGACUUCCACGAGGUAUGACCAAUCAACUUCCGCGAGGUGUGACCUGACUGACCUCCGCUGCUGAUGGGGAUCUCGCAAUCGAUGGCACUGACUCACUAAGACAACACAGACUCAUGGGAGAUCCUCAGGAGGGGGAGGGGACUCUGGUCUGGAACUGGAGGAUUCUUCUGGGGUGGGAUUAACGGACUGCACCCGCCGCCGGGGGAUGUGGGUGAACGCUGACUAUGCAGCGUCAUCUGUGUCAGCUGUUUAGCUCCGCCCCCAAGUCAUUAAAGACCGCCCACACCUCUCUGACUCCGCCUCCUUUAGGACAGAGGUUACACGCGUGUGCAAUUGUGUCCUUGUGUUUUUUAAUCUACCGUGUGACGGUGUUGACCACUACGCAGCCGCCGCCUUUUACAAGUUAAGUUAAAGUUCAAUGACUUUUUACUGCAGCUGCUUGGGAUAGAAAUGAGUAUAAAUGACUUUAAAUGGGUGUAAAUGGGAUAAAUGAGUAUAAGUGGUGGAGGUGUGACUGUACAGAACAGUGACGUCUCAGUGUGUGUCAGUACACAUGGGACAAACUACACACUAUUUAAUUUAUUGGGAUUAAAAUGAUCACUGAACGAGUCAUAUUCUGCUGUAAAGUUACUAAUCUGUCUGAAUGAACACUCGCUCUGGAAGUCUGCGGCUGCCAUUGUUUAUCCAACGCCAGAGGGUUAAAAAAGCAUCUUCUUUUUCACCUUCACAAAGUGUUUUUUCAUUCAAAUACAGCAAAUAAGAGGAUGCAAAUGUGUUGUUCUCAAAGCAGAUUAGUGGACAAUAGUUAGUUUUGGUCUGUUCUUUAAUGUUGAUGAGAGUGACAGAUUUCUAUCCAAAUGUCACAAAUCGUAAUAAAAUGUCAGAAAAUCUCCAAAUGAAAAUGCAAAACUAGGCUCAUUUCCAUCCAGUAAAGUUGUGAGUGUUCAAGUUGGUUCAUCAUUAUCAAGGGUGAAAAUGCUCUUGUUUAAUGUAGUAUUUAAUAUAAUAACAUAUGACCUGAGCUGAGACACAUGCAGAGUUUCUGAUCCAGAAUGAUGAUGAUCCAUUUAGUCCGAAAACCGGAGUCUGACUGUAGCCUCGUCUCCAAACUGCUCAUCAGAAUUUGAAUAAUUGGCAUAAUUAUGAAUCACUGACACUAAAACAUGGAUAAACAAUGAAAAACAUGAAUAAAUCCUGUGAAAACAUGAAAAGCAGUGCAAGCAUAGGAAUAAACGGUUUAAUAUCCAAAUAAAUGGUAUGAAAAUGCAUAGAAAAAUGCAAGUAUCUGAAAACUGACAAAUAUUAAAAAUAGCAUGGAAGUGUGAAAAACAAAACUAAUAUAUCAAAAUCCAAAUAACACAAAAAUAUCAGUACAUGACAUAAAAAUCUGAAGAAACAAUUCAGCACCUGAUUGAUUUAGGCCAUAAACCUGAGACUGACUUUAGCUUUUUCUCCAAACUGCUAAAAUAUGGAUAAAUACAGAAACAUAGGAAUAAAUGAUGUAAAAUACAAAUAAAUAACACAAAAAUAGUAAUGAAUGGCAUGAAAAUGCAUAGAACUGAAGUAUCUGAAAAAAUGGCAUAAAAAUUGAAAAACACAAAACUAAAUGUACAAAUCCAAAUAACACAAAAAUAAUAAUAAAUGAUAUGAACAUUUGAAAGAUGUAAACUAUGAUGCACAUUUAUUUAUUUAAAUAAAAUAUGUUAAAAUAAAAUAAAAUGUGAACAUAAGAAUAAAUGAUGUAAAAAUAGAGACUCUUUCGAUUCCCAAUAUGAUAAUUUAGUCAUUUUUUGCAAUAUUUCCAUAUUUAUUUUAAUCUUCGAUGUUUUUUGGGGUUUUUUUUUAAUGUGGAAAUUGAAAAUUGGUGUAAAAGUAACCAGGAUGGAAAACAAGGUCUUAGAUUCAAUUCAGAAGUUUGGAUUUAUCUGGAGAAGGAAGGAAUAGCAUUUAGUAAGUACACGUGGCUGAAACUGUAAUAAUACUAAACUUACCUUACAUAGAUAUAAACGUGUAACACUUAUAUAGAGCAAUUCAUGCAAACAUGUACACACAAAUAGUUGAGGCAUUUACAACAGUAUAAAUAAAUAAUCAAAACAAACAACAGGCUUAAAUACACUUUGGAUGUCAGUUUUUGGCGCUUGUGUCAUCUCUAAAACACACCUGGUGAAAGUGAAAAACAAGGUGUUUACUUGUGGAUAAAUGUCAUUAAAUAAUCGAAUCGAGCCAGCUUUUAUUUUUCAGUUUGAGAUCGAAAGUUAAUACAUUACAGUCAUUUGUGGACAGAGGUUUCUCCAGGUGUUAUGGUCAUUUUCUGCUUAUUGGUGCAAUAGAAUAUUUUAAUUAAACAUAUAUUUAAAUUUAUUUUAAGAAAAUCUGGAGAUUAAAUAUGUUUAGUGUAUUAUCUUUUUCAUUUCACUGAAAACACUGUUAGUUUUUUAUCAACAGUUUGACCCAGUGCAUUUAUAAUUAUUUACAGCUGUAAUGAUGCUUUUUAUUUGACAUUAAAUGAUCUUGUUUAUUGGAUUAAACACUGGCAGCCGUCGACUUCCACUGUUAACGUGUGUGUUUUAGGGCUCAGCUUCUGACAGGAAAUCUCAGCACACAGACCAAAACAAUAGAACCUUUUGAUAAUUUGUAUAAUAUGAACAUGGUUUCUUUUCCUUUCAGUUUCUUUCUUUCCUUUCUUUUUUUUUUAUGAAAACCUUUUUUAAGUAAUAAAAGAAGCCAAAGUUGACGAGCAGCUGUAAAACUCGCUCCCUCUAAAUAAAGUUCAGUCUGAAACAGUGAUUUUAAUCUAAUCUGUGUGAACGUCCUGGUCUCUGCUUCCGUUUGUUCUCAAA